UGCCAAAGCAGGUUCCCUACACCAGGUCGCACAGGUAGGCAUCCAGGCAGGUCUUGAACAUCUCCAGAGAAGGAGACUCCACCACCUCCCUGGGCAGCCUGUUCCAGUGCUCCGUCACCCUCACUGUAAAGAAGUUCUUGCGCAUGUUUGUGCGGAACUUCCUGUGCUGCAGUUUCCAGCCAUUUCCCCUUGUCCUGUCUCCACUCACCACUGAAAAGAGUCCGGCCUCACCAUUCUGCCCCCCACACCUUAGAUAUUUAUAGACCUGGAUCAGGUCCCCUCUCAGUCUCCUUUUCUCAAGGCUGAACAGACCCAGUUCACUCAGCCUUUCCUCAAAGGGGAGAUGCUCCAGGCCCUUCACCAUCUUCGUGGCCCUCCGCUGGACUCUUUCCAAGAGAUCCCUGUCUGUUUUGUACUGGGGAGCCCAGAACUGGACGCAGUACUCCAGAUGAGGUCUUACCAGGGCAGAGUAGAGGGGGAGGAUCACCUCCUUUGACCUGCUGGCCACGCUCUUUUUAAUGCACCCCAGUAAGCCAUUGGCCUUUUUGGCCACAAGGGCACACUGCUGGCUCAUGGCCAACCUGUCGUCCACCAGGACACCCAGGUCCCUCUCUGCAGAGCUCCCCUCCAGCAGGUCAUCCCCCAACCUGUACUGGUGCAUGCAAUUAUUCCUCCCCAGAUGCAAGACUCUACACUUGCUUUUGUUAAACCUCAUCCGGUUUCUUUCUGCCUAGCUCUCCAGCCUAUCCAGGUCUUGCUGAAUGGCAGCACAGCCCUCAGGCGUGUCAGCCAAUCCUCCCAACUUCGUAUCAUCGGCAAACUUGCUGAGGGUGGCCAUUAUCCCCUCAUCAAGGUCAUUGAUGAAGAUGUUGAACAAGACCGGACCCAGCACAGACCCCUGAGGAACACCGCUAGUUACAGGCCUCCAACCGGACUCUGCACCACCAACAACGACCCUCUGCGCUCUGCCAGUCAGCCAGUUCUCAACCCACCUCACUGUCCACUCAUCUAUCCCACACUUCCUCAGCUUUGUUAUAAGGACGUCAUGGGGGACAGUAUCAAAUGCCUUGCUGAAAUCAAGGUAGACUACAUCCACUACUCUCCCCCUAUCCACCCAGCCAGAGACAACAUCAUAGAAGGCUACCAGGUUGGUCAAGCACGACCUCCCCCUUGUGAACCCGUGCUGACUACUCCUGAUAACCUCCUCUUCUUCCAGUUGUCUGGAGAUGACAUCCAGUACAAGCUGUUCCAUCACCUUUCCAGGGACAGAGUCUUCAGGCACCUUCCCCGUCUUCCAAGACUUCUCAAAGAUGACCGAAAGCGGUUCAGCAAUCACCUCUGCCAGCUCCUUCAGCACCCGUGGAUGAAUCCCAUCGGGUCCCAUGGAUUUCUGAACAUUGAUGUUGCCUAGGCGCUCCCGGACCACCUCUUCCCUGACAGAAGGGGGGUCUUCCAUUCCCCAGAUCCUCUCACUAAUCUCCAGGGUCUCAGAUUCCCGAGGGGGAGCUUUUUCACUGAAGACAGAAGCAAAGAAGGCAUUCAGUAUCUCCGCCUUCUCAGCAUCCCCCGUUACCAGAACACCCCCGUCACUUAGCAGGGGAGCCACAUUCUCCCUAGUCUUCCUUUUACUGUUAAUGUACUUGAAAAAACCUUUUUUAUUAUCCUUUAUC